AUGGGACUCAAGGACGACUCCUGGCCAUCAUCCGCGGCCUUUGAUGCCAUCUCAGACGCUCUCAACUCCGACAAAGAACGCAAGGAUGCCGUGAAGCAGGGUGGCGCCGUCUUCGCUUUCAACCUCAAGAACGCACAGGGUCAGGAGCAGGCAUGGCACAUUGAUUUGAAGGAGACUGGCAAGGUCGGCAAGGGCGCCGCGCCAGAGGGCAAGAAGGCGGAUGUCACCCUCAACCUCACCGAUGCGAGCUUCCAGCAGCUCAUCGAUGGCAAGGCCAACGCACAGAAGCUGUUCAUGAGCGGCAAGCUGAAGGUCAAGGGCAAUGUCAUGAAGGCUACCAAGCUCGACCCAAUCCUGAAGAAGGCGCAGAACAAGGCCAAGAUCUGA